AUGCGGCAAACAGAAGGCCUGCUUCAUUCAACACCCGUGCAAUACUCGAGUAAGUUACUGUACAUACAGUACCAUCGCACCCUACUCGUACCAUGCCCACAUUUCAUCCGACAAUAUUGGCCGGUCCCUGGUGUUAUUUGCCCGUGGAAGACGGGCAAAUAUCCUUCACUCAAGAUUACACGACAGACGCCCGUAAGGAAGCGGGGAAACCGUUUCAAUGGUUUUACCGAUAUGAUAAACUUCAGUUACCUGGAAAACUUUCGGGAAUUUGACUUCUGUAACCUGACUUCAUCCGGGCUUUCAGUUUAUUGCACCAUUGCAGCCUAUCCUAACAUGAGCUUUCUACUGCCUUCCUUUACUCGAGUACGGUCACGGUAACGAGGCCCUCCUUUGCUUGACUAACCUAACUGACUCUCGUAUCUACGAGUAUCUACAGUUCCAUAACAAAGGAGGGGAACGGCGGGGCAUUAAUCCCCCGAGAAAGACCCCAUGCUCUUCGAGAAUCCGCGGACGGUCCGUCACGAAAAGACAUUUGCGGGGUAAAGCACACACCCCUUUACCUUUCCCUUUGUGACACCCCCAUUACCACCGUCACAGGUUCACCUCCGCAAAAUCAGUGCGAAGAAAAAAAAAUAGUGAAGAAAAACACGAUUCUCACCAACUACUGAGGGUGCUUUUGAUGAACGAUACUGUAAGAGUACUGUACCUGUAUUGUGAGUUCCCUUUCUUUUUUUCCUUUUUCUUAUUAUUACCACAUUGAAUAAUUUUGCUUGUGGGUGUGCAGGGGUUAACACAGCACCGUAUCAUAACAAGUACCGGUACAGUACCGUACCAGUGCGGGUACUGUACCGGUGCUAGUAUGAUACUUAUCCUCGCUGGUUCAUUGGCUAUCAUAUCCGGACAGUCUGUAACCCUAACCCACCGCUAUCUCAUCCGACACAACGACUCGAUACCCUACAGAAAACCAUAACUGUUGUUUUAAGGCUACGAAGCCGGAUGAAAUCUAAUAGCCACUCCAUAAUUAUAGUAAUGAAUUUUGUAAGAAAGAAAACGAGAAAGAACCCAAACUCC